GUCCUUUCGUGACGGGGCGGAGCUUUGGCAUUUUGGCGCGGCCCGAGGGCCGGCCGAGCCGCGGGCGGUUGCCUCUGGGCCCAGCAGCGUAGUCUCCCGGCGCUGCCAGUCUGGGCCGGGCGGGCCGGGCCGCGGCUUCUCCGCGCCCCCUCGGCCGCCGCGACCCGGUCGGCCCGAGCUCCCGUCUGCGCUUCCCGCCUUCCCGUCUUCUCACUGCGCCGUCGCCCGCUCAGUCUCCGCUUCCCCUUUCCGUCCUCUCCGGCCGCCCUUUGCCCCUUCCCGCCCUUUCCCGCCCGUUUCCGAGCUCCAGGCUCCUCGGCUGCUGGUCGGCUCCAGGGCUCCGGGGCUCCGGUCUCCUGCUGCAUCGCUCGCUCCUUCCUCGGCCCAACUCCGCUCUCCGAUUCAGUAUUAACAGGAACAUCUGUAGUGUAAAAACUUUCACAAUGAAAUCCGAGGCCAAGGAUGGAGAGGAAGAGAGUCUACAAACUGCUUUCAAGAAAUUACGAGUGGAUGCAUCAGGAUCCAUAGCAUCUCUAUCUGUUGGAGAAGGUACAAGUGUCAGAGGAUCAGUCAGAACAACAGCAGAUGAUACCAAACUUAAAGUCGCAUGUGCAUCUAAAGACAGUUGGCAUGGGUCUACAAGGAAGUCUUCACGAGGAACAACAAGAACCCAACGUCGUCGACGUUCUAAGUCUCCUGUCCUUCAUCCUCCAAAGUUUAUACAUUGCAGUUCAAUAGCUGCUUCUUCCAGCAGCCAGCUUAAGCACAAAAGCCAGACUGACUCCCCCGAUGGCAACAGUAGGCUGGGUAUUUCACCCCCUAAAGAGUUCACUGUAGGAGAAUGUUCCACUUCUCUGGAUAACAGUCACGCAGGGCCAGUUGCUGAGCCUUUGAGAAAUUCCGUUCCCAGGCUCCCACCAGAGAGUAAGAAAAAAGACUCCCCUGAUGCUACCCAAGAAAGCCUCAAGGCCAAUGAUCUCUCUGACUUUGAAUCCGUUUCCAAACUAAACCAGAGCAAACCAUGUGCAUGCAUAGGCAAGGAGUGCCAGUGCAAGAGAUGGCACGAUAUGGAAGUGUAUUCCUUUUCGGGCCUGCAGAAUGUUCCUCCCUUGGCCCCAGAACGAAGAGCCACGCUUGAGGAUUACUCUCAGUCGCUCCAUACCAGAACUCUGUCUGGCUCCCCUCGCUCCUGUUCUGAGCAAGCUCGAGUCUAUGUGGAUGAUGUGACCAUUGAGGACCUGUCAGGCUACAUGGAAUAUUACUUGUAUAUUCCCAAGAAAAUGUCCCACAUGGCAGAAAUGAUGUACACCUGAUAGCAAGAAGCUAAUUAACAUGCUUUAAACCAAUGAAGGGUUGUCAGAUUUAGUUAAUGGCAGACCUUGCGGCCACUUGAUGCGAGAAGACAUCUCCUGCUGCUCACUGUGCUUGCAAUAAAAACUUUUCUUGGCAUCUCAGUUAAUCUUCAUUCUUUAAACUCAACUCUGAGUUCUGUACCCACCAAGGCAAGCAAUUCAAAGAAAAACCUCUCACUUAGAAAUGUUACAGGGGGAUGAAGAAACCACAGUUACUUGACUGACAGCAGUGGGUACUUGGCAAAAACAAAAACCAAAACCUUUGCAUUUUUCAGAUCUGUCUUUUAAGAUUUGGUGAUUGAGGAAAAUGAAAUGGGGUUUUGUAAAGGACUGAACAUUUAUCAAACUGUAGUUGCCAGCCCAAAAUAUUAGAAGUUACAUGGCUGAUUUAAACCAUCUCUGAUUUAACACAAGAUUUAUUGUGUCUUCAAAGGUUUCAUAUAUUAUUGUUAAGCCAGAGAUCUAAGGUUUAGAUUUAACAUGAAUAAACUAGCUGGCCUGCUCUGUA